AAUCGCGGGACCUUUCUUUCAUUGAAUCGUUUUGCACUUUCCACACAUCGUUACACUUCCAGGUGCCCCGGGCUCACUUUCUUGGAAAUGAAAAAUAGAAUUACUCCCAUCGCACACAAUAAAGUGGACGUUAUUGACUUGGAAAACCUUAUUUGCAUCAGCGAUUCGGAGGAUGAGGUAGAUCCAAAACCAACUGUACAGCAUCCGCAAUCAAGUAAUGUCAUUACUAUCACUGACGACGACGACGAUGUCUUUUCAAGUAAAAGUCUGUAUGAAUCACCAUAUAAAAACAACAGACAUAUACCAGCAUUGAGAGCAGGAAAAGUUUCUAAACCCCUUCCAGACGAUCCAGGGUCGCAAAGUGACAUGACUAAAUCCAUUAUCAAAGAAACUCAAUCAGGAGUCUCUUUCACUUCCAACACUCCAAAACCAAACUUCGAAAAGACUUUAAAUACCAAAAUUUCUUUACCUAGAAAAAGAGUUAUUGAUGGAAAACCCGAAACCACAGUUUCUACAAAGGAGCCUCAUAGACCAGUCGCUUCUCAGAAUUCUUCGAUCCAUAUACCUAAAAAAUGGUUUGAUCCUUCUUUACAGGAGGCCAGAGCAGAGCAAAGAGCUUCUAACGCUCUUCUUUCAAAGGCCAUCGCUGCUUCACAGGAGCGAAAGUUGUCCCUUCCUCGCUCUGCUCUAUUAAAAAACUCUACUUUAGCAAAACGUUCGUCUACGAUUAUAAAAGCAACAUCCCCCUUAAAAACCGCAUCACUGAAGAGGCCUAUGGAAUCACCUGAACGGCCGAAUUUGAUGCGAUCUACGUCCUUUGAUAAGCCUUCUCCUUUGGUAUUCAAUUCGACAGUGCGUGGAUCUCCAGAAAGGCAGAUGCGCCGUGACUCGUUCGAAUGGCCAACUCAAACAGAACUUAGUGCUGCAAUGCUUGGGUCUCCAGAUAGAACAACCCGAGAGGAAUCAUCAGAGCCUGAACGCACAUUUCAACGUGCAUCUAAGCGAAAAAAUAGUGAUGUUUAUGGCUCACCCGGUAGAGGAUCUCCAAUUCAACAAACAUCAAUGCAGGCAAGGGGUACUGCUUACAGCUCACCGGACAGAGAGACGCCAAUCCAACGUGCAUCACGACAAACGAAUACCACAAUUUGCGGAUCGCCAGAACGGCCCACCUAUCUCUUAUCUAGCCCUACAGUUGAAUACCCUUCCAAUCUUCGUAAACCGAAAACAUCCUCUUCGCCUUUCAGUAAGCCAACAUUCCAGAAACCAAAAGUCGUACACGAACUUUAUGAUGAAGAUGGAAAAGAAGAAGAUUUAGAGCUAUUUGUGUCUAUCAUGUCUUCUUCGCGGCGAAAGUUACAUCCAAAUAAUGCACCAAAAAUCAUUAAAAUGCAAUGCCCAUUAUGCUAUAUACAUUAUCCAAAAAACGAACUGAACGAUCAUGCGGCGGACUGCGAGGGGGAUCCAGAAGCGACAGGAAAUGAACGAAUUAUUCGAAAAAAUACAAUUGGUGCUGCGGUGCUCAGAAACGAAGCUGAAAGAAAGAGGCUAAAUAAGGGAAAAGUUGAUAAUGGACCUACGAAUUACUACGCUGAUCCGGAAAGUGUUUUGGCUUUGGAUGGUUCAGGAUUUAACGCAGAAGCUUCUGGCAUCAGUUGGGAAUCCGCAGGCCAAACACGGUUUGGUUAAGUUUAAAUAGCUUUUUUUAUUAUUAUUAUUAAUAAUGUAAAUAUGUAAUUAUUCUUCUAUUGUGCUUAAUCUUUUGAUUCUACUGAUAUUCAUUUGUAAGGCAUCAAUUAAGCUUGACAAUUUGUAUAAUUUCUCUUGAUCAUAAUAAAAUGAAUCUAAAUUGCCAAGAAUGCUAUUUCCUACGACAGAAUAAAA